UAAAGAUCACAGCUGGGUUCCGAAAAUCGCGCAUGCGCUCAGUGGACGAAAGGCUCUGGCGGAUCGGCCGCAGGUUAGAAACGGCAAAGAAUGUGUGAAGUGGAAUCUCAAGCAAAACAACAAGGGAUUCUCUCACUCAGUCGAACUGCAAACACACCAGUGAGUUCACCGUGUGGAGAGAGGCCAGUCACCUGCUCUGUUUGCGUGGGAAGGGACUCAUUAAUUCUGCUGACCUGCGGUCACAUCAGUGAACUCAGUGGGGGAAGGCCAGUCACCUCCUCUUUUUUGGGAGGGGAUCUACUCAGUCAUCCAGCCUGAAGAUACAUCAGCAAGUUCACACCACAGGGAGAGGGUUCACUUGUUCUGACUGAGCAAAGUGAUUCACUCUGUCAUCCAAGCUGACAAUACAUCAGAAAAUUCACACCAGUGAGAGGCCUUUCAUCUGCUCCUUGUCUGAGAGUAGAUUCACUCACUCAGUCGACCCACAGACAAACCAGUGAGUUCACAAGGGAGAGAGAUUUUCAACUGUUCCGUGUGUGGGAAGACAUUUACUCAGUCAUCUGAUCUGUUAACUCAUGAACGAAUUCACUCUGGGGAGAGGCCAUACAUCUGCUCAGUGCAGGAAGGGAUUCACUCACUCAUCCCACCUACAGACACACGUCAGUUCACACUGGUGUGAUGCCGUUUACCUGCUCAGACUGUGGGAAGAGAUUUUCUUACUCAUCUCAACUGAAGUCACAUCAGCAAAUUCACACUGGGGAGAAGCCGUUCAGUUGCUCAAGCUGUGGGAAGGCAUUCUCUCAGUCUUCUCAUCUGAACACACAUCAGCGAGUUCACACGGGGGAGAGACCGUUCACCUGCUCAGACUGUGGGAAGAGAUUCUCUCAAUCAUCACAACUGAAGGUACACCAGCGAGUUCACACUGGAGAGAGGCCAUUCACCUGCCCAGAGUGUGGGAAGGGAUUCUCUCAGUCAUCUCAACUGAAGGUACAUCAGCGAGUUCACACUGGGGAGAGGCCAUUCACAUGCCCAGAGUGUGGAAAGGGAUUCUCUCAGUCAUCCCAAUUAUUGGCACACCAGUCAGUUCACACUGGAGAGAGGCCUUUCAUCUGCUCAGACUGUGGGAAAGGAUUCACUCUGUCAUCCCACCUACUGACACACCAGUCAGUUCACACUGGGGAGAGGCCGUUCACCUGCUCAGAAUGUGGGAAGGGAUUUUCUCGGUCAAAUCAACUGAAGGUACAUCAGCGAGUUCACACUGGGGAGAAACCAUUCAGCUGCCCAGAUUGUGGGAAGGGAUUCUCUCAGUUACCUCAACUGAAGGUACACCAGCGAGUUCACACUGGGGAGAGGUCAUUCACCUGCUCAGACUGUGGGAAAGAAUUCACUCAAUCAUCGCACUUUUUGGCACAUCAGUCUGUUCACACUGGGGAGAAGCCAUUCACCUGCUCAGACUGUGGUAAGGGAUUCACUUGCUUAUCUCAGCUGAAGGUACAUCAGCGAGUUCACACUGGGGAGAGGCCAUUCAGAUGUUCUGUGUGUGGGAAGGGAUUCACUCAGUCAUCCAACCUACAAACACACCAAUCAGUUCACACUAGGGAGAGGCCAUUCACCUGCUCUGAAUGUGGGAAGGGAUUCUCUCGGUCAUCCAACCUUGUGAAACACUACCGAGUUCACACUGGGAAAAGGGUUUAAAUAAGUUGCUUGCUGGAUAUUUAACCAUCACAGUUGUUGAAUCCAGAAAAGUUCAAAAGUGACUGUCGAGGUUGAACUCUGCAAUUGUUGUUGCUACUUAUCGCACCCAGUUCUGCACCCUGGUCACUGGGCAUGGGAGGAGUUUCUUCUGCUGAUGUUCACCUUUACUGGGACUGGAGUUUCAUAUUCUUGAUCUGUGACUAAUAAAUCAGUUCUAU